AGAAAGGUUUUUACUUUUAUAAACCUCACGUAAAUAAAAAAAAAAGACUUGUCACAAUGCUUCCGAGUCGAUUAUACGGUAUUAUUCCAUUUCUAAUUGCUGCUAUCGGUGAAGUAAAAACCUCGCGUGUUCUUGAACUGAGCGAUCGAUUUUUAGAUGUCCGAAACGAAGGUCAGUGGUUUGUAAUGUUUUACGCACCUUGGUGUGCUCACUGCAAGAAGCUAGAACCGGUUUGGGCCCACGUAGCUCAAGCACUGUACAACACCAAUAUUCGAGUCGGCAGGGUAGAUUGCACUCGUUUUACUGCAGUCGCGGAAGCCUUUCGGGUCAAUGCAUAUCCCACGAUUAUGUUUAUUAAAGGCCCAUACGACUAUGUUUACAGUGGUGAACGCAGUAAAGAAGAACUGAUUCACUUUGUCAACCGAAUGUCCGGUCCACCAGUUCAGCAAGUGACCCGGGUCGAAAGUUUUGAUAUAUUAAAAUCGAACAAUCCUAUUUUCUUUACGUAUGUUGGUAAACAAGAUGGAAUCUUGUGGGAUGUAUUUUAUAGUGCUGCCGAAAUAUAUCAGCCACAUGGUUAUUUCUAUGCUACAUCAGUAGAUAUCGCGAAACGGCAUUUCGACAUCGAUACCGUGCCGGCGGCUUUGGUGUAUAAGGAACGAAUGCAUUACUAUUUCCCGUAUUCAGAUAAUUUCGAGAUUAUUGAGCCAGCCCAUCUGAAUGAGUCCCUUUUUCGCUGGGUUAAUGAAGAACGAUUCCCAACAUUUCCCAAAAUAACACGAAGUAACAUACACCAAAUCAUACAAACCCAAAAAUACCUCGUCCUGGCAGUGGUCGAAGAAAAUAAGCUCAACGAAAUAGCGGCUCACGAGCAGGAGUUCCGAGACAUGGUGGAAAUAUUCGUGCACAAAAACAAGCACAAGUACCACUUUCGGUUUCAGUUUGGGUGGGUCGGAACACCGGAUCUGGCGCACUCCAUUGCCAUGGACACACUUUCUACUCCACAUUUGAUAGUUUUGAAUGCGAGCACCAACGAACACCAUAUACCGGAAGACGAUCCUCUUCAGUUAACACCGGAAGCUAUCGAAAUCUUCCUAGAUACUAUCCACAACCAAACCGCUCCGACUUUUGGAGGAAAUUCUCUUCCCGUUCGUAUCUACCGUACUUGGUUUGAAGCGAAAACUUCCUUGUAUGACAUGUGGCAAGGGAAUCCGGUGCUAACUUCAGUACUCUUCGGAUUGCCACUGGGCUUUCUUUCGCUAAUACUCUACUCGAUUUGCUGUGCGGACAUUCUGGACGCCGACGAAGAGGAAGAAGAGUCCAAGCAUGAGAAAAAGGAGUAAGUUUGGAUCAUGUAAGUAGGUACAGUGAACUCAGAGCUUCGCGUCAAACCAUUAAAAGUUACCGGAAGCAUUCUGAUAAAACUGCGUUUCUUAAGCUGCAUUUAGGAGUGGAUGGAUCGAAAUUGGAUAAUUCCUUUUUCCUGCCACAAGAAAUUUUCUAGUCAUCAUUUUUAGUCGUAACACAACACUACUAUCAGUAUAACCAUAAUCUUUAUUUUAUUUCGUAUUUAAUAUGUGAAAAUACCACAGAAUAAGUUUUUAUCAUUUUGUUAAAAAAAUGUGUAUUUAACCACAAAUUUAUAAUUGCGCAUUCCGCAAAAAGUUUUGUGCAA